GGUUUCAUUGUUGUCAAAGGACCAGGUUGUCAGGCUGACUCAGCAAACACCAAACCAAGAAACUUCAUUUUCUCUUCUCUUCCCUUACUUUCCUCAACUUUCUUGAAAAACCCAUCAAUUUCCAUUAUCAUUUUGACAACUUUAGCACCAAUACUUUUCUGGGUUGCUUUUAAUUUCUCUAACAGACAGCUCUUAUCCCUUGAUCAGUUAAUCACAGUGAAUAAAUAGAGUGAGAAAUUGGAUUUUUUGUUUUUAAUCAAUGUUGAGUUAUCAACUAAUAAAGUCUUCUACUUGCCAAGAAUCUCUUAAAGCUAUUGAAGCUGAUAUUCAACAUGCUAAUAUGCUUCUACAGUCGUCUCGAUUCUAUGGCUUUGAAAGUAUUCAAAGGAAAGAAAUUGGUUACUGAUGGCUGCUUCUAUUCCCAGAAACAAAAGUGGCAAUUGUCUUCAGAUGAAAUUAGUUCACAAUGACUUGGCACCCCUUAUCCUUUACUUGCUCCAUUGGAUAAAUUGUUCAUGUACAUGUCUACUUCCAAGCUGCUUAAAUCUCUUCUAUGUAGUCAUAUAUAAGGUAAAUGGAGAUGGUAGACCGGAUAUGUCCUCUUUUGGGAGGAGAGCAACAUUAAAGGAAUUCUAUGCUAUUAUUUUACCCUAUCUUCAGCGACUCCAUGGGAAUAUGUCUGAGCUAGAUGAUUGUGCUAAUUUGAGUGACAGUUCAGAGCUUGCUGUCAGGAAAAUUGCUCAUGAGAGUAGAAAGGACAUUGAUAUUGAGAGAGAAGAUGAAUGUGGAAUCUGCUUGGAACCCUGUACCAAAAUGGUUCUGCCAAAUUGCUGUCAUUCAAUGUGCAUCAACUGCUACCGGGACUGGAAUUUGAGGUCAGAAUCCUGUCCAUUUUGCCGGGGCAGUAUAAAACGAGUCCAGUCAGGGGACCUCUGGGUUCUCACCUGUGGCACUGAUGUGGUAGAUCGAACGACAGUAAUGAAAGAGGAUAUAUUGCGCUUGUAUCUGUAUAUAAACAGUCUGCCAAAAGAUGUUCCUGAUGCUCUCUUUUUAAUGUAUUACGAGUACUUGAUAUAACGGUGCUAAAACUGAAUCACAUUGUACAUGUGCUGAAAUAACAUGUAAUCCCGAUAAUUGUAAAUAACGUAUUGUUAAGGUGAUUCUCAAAAAAUGUAGAAUAAUGUAUAUGGCCCGGUAUACAUCAACUGACGGUCUGCAUAAUGCAUAUAUCCUUUUUUUCCCUGCUGGAAA